CACACACACACACACACACACACACACACACACACACACACACACACACACACACACACACACACAAAGAGGAUUAGACCUGAAAAUCUUCUUCUAGGAGCUGCGUGCUGUUGCCAUGGAGACAGAUUCAACACUCCACACACUCCAGACAGAGUGGAUCAGUCCUGUCGCUCACACACACAGCGCAUAUCUCUGAUUUAUCCCAGUACAGAGUCAGCAGGAUGUCUGAAGGAGGUGGAAAGGAGACGACAACGACGAUAAUGACGAAGACGAUGAGGAUGCAACGCAAUGGAGUGGCUGAUGGCCGCCUGGAGGUUCUGCAGAUCUACAAGCUCCUGCAGUUAGUGCGAGAGGGAAAUAAAGCUCAGGUGGAGAAGAUGGUGUGUCUGGGUGUGCCGAACCUGAUCAAUCUGACAGAACCCAGUGAGGGAAGCGGCGUCCUUCACCUGACCUCUGUCUCCAACAACCUGGACAUGGCUGAGUUCCUCCUGAAUCUGCAAGCUCAGCCUGAUGUCCAGGAUAAGAGAGGACGCACUCCGGUGAUACUCGCCGCAGAACUCGGCCAUGACGCAAUGCUGAAUCUCCUGGCAAAGCGCCAUGCUGACAUGAAGCUGCUGGAUGUGGAGGGGAGGGGAGUGCUAUUUUAUUGCAUCUCUCCAUCCCAGAGGCACUCACGCUGCCUGCAGGUGGCGAUCGACAGCAAAGCCGACGUCAACAACGUGUCCACGGCGGGGAAGCCGGUGUUCCUUCUCGCCUGUGAACAAGCCAAGGAGUGUGAGAACAUCUGCAUCAGGAUGUUAGAGAGUGGAGCCGAUCCUAACGCCACAGAUCGGGUGACAGGACGAACAGCUCUGAUGGAGGCAGCGAGGAGCGGCUCAGUGGUGUUAGUCAGACUCCUCCUGCAGAGAGGAGGAAACCCUAACAGUGGAGAUAAACAGCAGCAGAACGCAGCACAGCUCGCAGCAGCAGGAGGAUUCUUCCAGGUGUUGCGUGUGCUGUCAGCGUAUCAGGCUGAUUGGAGUUUGGUGUGUGUGGAGGGAAACUCGGCUCUGCACAUGUCAGCAGCUGGAGGUCACACUGACUGCUGCAGGUUUCUGGCACAGAGAGGAUGCAAUCCGAAGCUGAGAAACAGAGUUGGUUUGGUUCCACGUCAGCUUGCUAAAGCACACGGCCACAAGGCAGCGAUGAAGGAGCUGCAGAAGGCAGAGAGAAUGUUUACAAAGUUCACUAAACCUGGUGUGGUUAAUCCCAACCAGCUCUGGGCUCUCACACUGCACGACUGGUCAAGUGAACAUGAAGAAGUGCUUAGGAAAGCCUUCCAGCUCGGGGAGGAGAGCGACACUCCUGUGGAGAAAGUCUCGAGGGAGAAGUUUGCGUAUGUCCUGCAGGAACAUCAUGCACCUGUGGAUCAGGAACAUCUGGAGAAGAUCAUUGCAGACCACAACAACAAGCAUGAUGGCAUGAUUAACAUUGCUGAAUUCUUCAAGGGACUGCAGUAUCUUCAGAAAGCGUUUGUGUUGUCGUCCUACGAGCCCAAGAUGAAGAAGAAGAAGAAGAAAGGCGGGAAAGGUGGAAAGGGUGGGACAGGGAAUGGGAAAAAAGGGAUGUCUGUGGUUCCCCUGCCCAUCUGCACCCUUCCACCUGACAUUAUAGACAAAAGACCAGAUGGUGGGCCGCAGUUCAUGAUUGAGAGUUAUCAGCCGUUCACCGAUACGAAGCGGUUCGACCGUGACCAUCCGCCUGCUCACCCCGUGGAGGACGACUCGGCCUGGUAUGUCGACCAGCCGCAAAAGAUCUACAUCAACAUCAACCGCUGCGUCCGGACCGAAGACUUUGAGUCUCUGUGUUUAGCGUUCAGUCAGCGUCUCCCUGUGGACAUCAGAGACCGCUUCUACAAAACACCACUCAUGGCAGCAUGCAGCAGCGGGAGCUACGACAUGGCUGAGUUCCUCAUAACACUUGGGGCAGAUGUGAAUGCGUGUGAUCAGUUUAAAUGGACUCCUCUCCAUCAUGCAUGUCACGCUGGACAGCAGGAUAUUGUGGAGCUGUUAGUGAGACACGGAGCAGUGGUGGAUGCUGUGGCAUUAAAUGGAGCCACGCCCCUGAUGAAGGCCAUCGAGAGCUGCAGACUGUCCUGUGUGCAUCAACUCAUCACAUCCAACGCUGAUGUACAGGCCACCAACCACAAGGGACAGAGCUGCCUGGACGUCGCCCGCGUGUACGGAGAUGAGAGAAUCAUCGAUUUAGUCACAACUAAGUUCCAAAGCCAUCCAAAGAGCAGAGACAGUAAAAAAGGGAAAGGAGGCAAAGUGAGAUCAGAACCUCAGAAAGCAGCAGCUCCUGCAGGAGAGGCGAAACCUAUUCUACCAGACGUGAAUGAGAAAAGAGUGAAUCUGAAGGAAUACAUCAUAACCGUGAACCAGAACGUCACCGUCACGUCCAACACACACAGCACUCACUUUAUACCUAAAACUGUGUGGGGAACAAGGUUAGCUACAUCAGCUCAGCAUGUGGAGCGGAAAGUUAACAGGAGGAAUCGUCUUUCAUAUGAAGUGGACUUCAGUGACUUUGUGAUGCCAUUUAAUAAAAACCUGGUGAGGAAGCUGAGAGGAGUGGGCGUGGCCGAGAGGGUGGGCGUGGCCGAGGAUGAGUAG